AUGGCCCUGAUGGACGAUGAUGUAUGGGGAUCGACCGAUGAUGAUCAGGACUAUGAUCGUUCCAUUGCCGAAAAAGAAUGGACCCGAAUGAAUGAAAAUCACGGCAAUGAAGGGUACAAGGAAGGAAUUAUUGAGGGCAAGGAAGUCCACAUGCAGCGUGGCUUCGAUCGUGGCUACGAAGAAGGACUUGCCAGUGGCACAGCCAUUGGUCGCCUGCGCGGUAUGGUGAGUUCGUACAUGUUAUUCUACUCGCACAUCCAUCCCGAUACGGGCAAAGCGGAGAAAUUAAAGGCUCUGUAUGAUGAGGUUUUGCCACUGGAUGUAGACAGCCUGUACAGCAAAGACUAUUUUAGCGAGAAUAGUACGAAAGAUGCCGAUUACAUAUCACCGGAUGAGCAUAUUCACCGAUGGAGGCAGAAAGUAGAGCAACAACUGCACGACAUUGUCGGUGGGAAUCCAUAA